AUGGUCUGUAUUCCAGUACAAACUGGAAACUCCAUCAAAGAUCGUGCUGUAUCAUUGUUGGGUUUGGUAGUUUUCCAAUUUGGCUUUUGGGCUACUUCCGUACAUAGGACGAAGGUAAGAUGGAGAACUGUGAUCAUCGGUCUCAUCUUUCAGCAGGUCCUCGCCUUGUUUGUGAUCCAUACUUCAGCUGGAUUCGAUCUCUUCAGUUGGAUCGCCAAAGCCUUUACCGAUUUACUUGACACUGGUACAAGAGCCGGUGGAUUUUUCUUUAAUCAACAAGUCCUCGAUCAAAAUUGGUUCUUCGUCAAUGUCUUAGCUGCCAUAAUUUAUUUCAUUGCUUUGGUCCAAUUGUUAUACUAUUUGGGAGUUAUGCAGUGGAUUCUACUUAAUCUUGGUUAUUUCUUUUUCAAAGUUAUGGACGUGAGCGGCGCAGAAGCUGUAGUUGCGGCUGCGUCCCCUUUUGUAGGACAAUCUGAAAGUGUGAUGCUAGUUCGUCCAUUUGUGAGCGAAAUGACCGAUUCAGAGCUACAUCAAGUUGUCACAUCUGGUUUUGCGACGAUUGCCGGCUCCGUUCUUGUAGCUUACGUGUCAUUAGGGAUGCCAGCAGUAUAUCUUAUCAGUGCAUCAAUCAUGAGUAUUCCAGCAUCUCUGGCUAUCAGCAAGCUCAGGUUUCCAGAAACAGGUUCACCAUUAACAGCUGGAACAAUAACAAUACCGGAAUCAAAGCAACAUGAUCUUAAUGCUCUUCACGCCUUCUCAAAUGGAGCCUGGUUCGGUCUCAGGGUUGCUGGCAUGAUCCUCGCGAACGUCUUAUCUGUACUUGCGUUGGUGUAUACCAUCGAUGGUCUUCUUACUUGGAUAGGACAGUUUUGGUCUCUUGAUCCUCAAGGUCCUCAUCCCCUGACCCUUGAGCUUAUAUUCCAAUACCUAUUUUAUCCUAUCGCAUGGCUUAUGGGUACCCCUUCAUCUGACGUGAUGAAAGUAUCUAGAUUACUUGGUCUCAAAUUGGUUGCUAAUGAGUUUGUAGCUUCUUUAUCAAAAUUACAACCUGAAAUGACCACACGUGGAUUCACAAUUGCGACUUACAGCCUGUGUGGUUUUGCUAAUCUAAGUGGCCUUGGAAUUCAAAUUGGAGUCUUGAGUUCUUUAGCACCACAGCGACAAGCUGAUAUUGGGAAGAUAGUCUUAUCAGCUUUGAUUUGUGGAUUUUUUUCUACUAUUCAAACUGCCGGUCAGUUUUUCUCGAAUUUCAUAACCUUUACGCAUGAAAGUAUCAAGAUCACUAAUUAA